UCCCGCCUGCCUUCCUAUCUCUCUCUCCACCCCCCUCACCCCCGAAUGAAUGAGUGCAUGUCACUGCCCGCUUGUCGCUGUCACGACUGACCGCAACUCUCCAACCUCCCCGGUUUCUGUCGCUGUUCUACCCUUUUGGUUUACAUUUGCUUUUGUUCAUCAUUUCCAAUAGACUCAUUUCUCGACACACCACUGACGCCAUCGAGCCACAGGUAUCCCCCUUGCUUGACUCAAAACCCAAGUCAAGCAUAGGACAGGGAGCGAAAUCGGGUGUGUCGGGGGCGCUGCGCAUAUGACGUCCUACCGCCCAUUUUGUUAAAGAAUAAUUAAUCUGGUGACUAACACAACGAAACCACCUGACAAAGGCACCACCACCACCAAACACAGACAUACACUCUUUCACAAACGAAGCAAAGAGACGAAGGGAGGCAUGGUCGGUUUCUCCUCAACCGCCGCCAACAUAGCGAACUCGACACCAGAUCUGAACCACAGCCGCGCUGUGGUUCAGACCUUGCCGACCACACCAUGCCCAUAUUCCAGGACGAUCUCUACCACUCGCCGCCCGUUCCCGAUGCAUCCACUGCAACAGAACCAAUCUUGCUGCACCAGCAAAUCAACAUGCCGUCCCUGACGAGGAAGCUAUCUGAAGAGAGCAUCCGGACAGAACUCUGCGAGGGCCUCGUUCUCGAAAGCCCGAGGGCCUCAACCCCCGAGAGUGAUGCCGCCGCAAUCACGUCUGAUCGUGCCGAGUUGAUUGAGCGCCUGAAGCGAGGAGAGAGUCCGACAUGGGUUCCGAACCGCCUUUUAGGAUCAUCUCGGAGCCCCAGAGAUGGUCCUUUUGCCCACAACAUCACUCAGCUCGAGUCGCUGUUCAAUAACUUGCCUCGUCCAACCACCCCACGAAGCUCGCGUCCGCCGUCGAGCUCGUCUAGCUUACUACCGCCGGCGAGCAUCACUCCGGAGAAACUGGGUGGAUUACGGGACGACGACGAGAGGGUGCGCGAGGGAUUGAGCAUUCAGAGACCGAGGUCUGCUCUGCACAGUGGCGACUUCACCGAGGACCGGUCGCGAGAGAAGCAGCAAGGGCCGCAGGAGGAAGAGGUGGAGGGGGGCGGCAGCGACCGCAGAACCACUCAGUUCUUCGCAUCUCGCAACGCGUGGAUCGCAACGUCGCCCCCGCGAGACUUUUCCUCGUUCCACUUCGACGGAAGGAUACCUUUUGUGGCCGCGCAUGACGACUACAGAUCUGUGCCUUCGUCUUUGUCCUCGUCAUUCUCGUCAAGUUUCGUGUACAAGCCGCCGACCAGCCCGCUAGUCCAGUCCGAGAGCAAUGAUGACGCUGACCUGCCGAUACCGCUACACGGCAUCGACAUCGCGACGAGCCCCCUGAACGUGAACUUGCGAAGGCACACGCUGAACUCGGUCGUCCCUUCUCCGUUUGCUGUUCCGCCGCUGAGCCACCCUGCGCUUCACAGGCAGUCCUCGCAACGAGGGACGGCACUGCCGUACCAAGCACACCAACCACGGCGGUCCCUCACAUCCGCGCCCCAAGUGACGCUAUCCGGCACCUCACCGCAAACGCCCGCGUUUCUUAGACCUAGGCGGCCCUCGUUCAAUGCUGAUACUUCUCCAUUGCAGCAUGCGUCCAUGGUCGGGUCCUAUGAAGAGAGCAUCCUCCGGGGUCGAAUGUCGACGACGCCGUCGAAGCCACUUAAUUUCCUUGCGCAGAUUGGCGUACUGGGCUUGGGGAAGUGCAAGUCCAGCUUGAGAUGCCCGGCGCACGUCACAUUACCUUUUCCCGCUGUAUUUUACAGCUACGGAGGAGCAUCGCAAGGCCGUGUGCGAUCAGAAGACGGGCCAAGUCCAUACGUUGGACAAAUUGACCUGGAAAACGGUCUGCCGAAACCCGAAGAGGGGCAGCGUUCCCGGCGGAAGUUGCAGGCCAGGGUCGCUGAGCGGAGGGUUGUCGAAGACGACGUGGCCAUGGGCGACAGCCCUGCGAUGGUAGAUGGCUCGGAUCGUGAGGCACGCAAAACGCAACGGGCAAGGCGGAGAUCAGGGUCACCUAGGGCGCCACCUGGUGGGAGUUAUCGGAUACCCGAGAAGGGCCAGAUCCAAAUCAUUAUCAAGAACCCGAACAAGACGGCUGUCAAGUUGUUCCUGGUCCCGUAUGACCUCGCUGGCAUGGAGCCUGGGACGAAAACCUUCAUCCGACAGCGGAGUUAUUCGGCUGGCCCCAUCAUUGAGAACGCGCCUGGGCUCGCCGAGGCCGUGGGCUCGGAUCGGCCGAUCCUGCGCUAUCUCGUGCAUCUACACAUUUGCUGCCCAGCCAAAGGGCGGUACUACCUUUACAAGAGCAUUCGGAUCGUUUUCGCCAACCGGGUGCCCGAUGGCAAGGAGAAGCUGCGCAACGAGACCACAUGCCCCGAGCCGCGGUACACGCCGUACAAGCCCAUUCGUGCGAUGCACUCACCACUAUCCAACAGCAGCGGCCCCGCAGCAACACUUGCUGCCGAGAAGGCUUUCAGGAGGCGGAGCGCUGGCUUCUCGCUAGGCCAAUCUCUACACGGGCUCGACACAUCGGACGGGCUCUCACAAUCACCGCAGGCAACAGGGCAACAGCCGUCGCCUUCUCCUUUCAGCUUUGGCGGCAACAACCAGACGGUGGAUACCAUCCCAUUCGCUCUGCCGGGGCGCGCUCGUCUCGGAAGCAACACUAGCGACAGCACAAACACCACUACUACUCCGGGUAUACUCUCGCCUCAGUCGUCACAACCAAGCAGGCCAACAACCAAGGACGGCUGGGAAGCUCACAUCGCUCGAUACGAGAAGCUAAACAAGGGGGAUGUCGGAUACGGCGGCAACUUUUUUGCUCCAUCUGGGCGCGGAAGCCCGGGCGGCACGGAAGGAUUGCUUUCUCGACGCCUUCGGUCUCUAGGAGUACAGAACCAGGGCGAGCUGUCCUCAGAUCGUCGGGAUAGCCCGGAGUAAGGCAUAUACAUAUUGUACAUAUCUAAUCAUCUUGUCACCGCCCGGGAUUAUAUGGGUCUCGGAGUUUACGAAACGGAGUUCAUCGGACGGAGGGCGUCAUAGACUGUACCUGGGCCUUGGUUUCGUGCCGGGAAGGCACUUUUCCCGUGAAGAUUGAGAAUCAAAAACGAACAACCAAGUCCGAUUGCCCAUACUGGCUUCCCAGGCACAUUGUGAAGUGGCCGCGAGGUCCAAGGAACCCACCCCCCCCCCCCAUAACAACAAAAACAAGCUCACAAUGUGGCGAAGGCUAGACCGGACCGGACCCCUAGGUCAUACCUUCCUAAGCCUCACUCUUCAACCGGCU